CGUGACAUCCCUGUUUCUCUCAAGUCCCAAAAUGCGCUUCCACCAUCGGUAGAAACAGAGGAGUUUGGGGCCUGUUUCAUGCUAGCGGAACAUGACAAUAUGAUGAUAAAGAGAUAAAAACAAAACAAAACAAAACAAACAAGCUUCCGGUUUAAGGACUCAGUGUAAUUUAAAGCGGUCAUGUUUUAUCCAGUCAAAUUGCAGCUCUUGAAUAUGUAGAUCACCUGGAAGCGGAGGGCACAGGUAAAUAGGGCUGUCUGCUAACCUAACUUUAAAAGACAGAAGGCAGAUGAAGAUGCUAAGAUUUUCAUUGGGAGUGACCAGGUUGGGCAAGAUUAUAAAUGAGUACAUCAGAGGGACACUUCAGGUUGAGCCGUUGGGAGACAAAGUACGAGAAGCAGUGCUAAGAUGGUAUGGACAUGUGCAGAGGAGGGAUAGUCGGAGGAUACGUUGAAGGUGGAGCUGCCAGGCAAGAAAACAAGAGGAAGACCAUAGAGGAGUCCCAGUUGAGUUAAAAGAUGGUGGAGUGACAAUGUUUGCUGUUGACUGACAUCCACUCCGAGAAACAAAAUGAAGAGGAGGCUGCUGCGUGGUUUCCUGUCGGAAAUUUCCAUCCGGCUGGCGCUGUUGGUUGUAUUCCUUGUGACGGAGCAGCUUCCUCCUUUCUAUCGUGAGAUCCAGGCAGAGGAGAUGUGGCUGUAUAAAUUCCAUCGUGUGGAGAGGGACCAUGUACCCACCUCUCUUAUGUUUGUUGUGGCGAUUUGCACCCCACUGAUUGUAAUCCUGAUUUUCACCUUCAUGAAUAAGUUGGAGCGUGGCGAUCUGAAGGAAGCCUCACUGGCUGUGACUCUGACUCUGGUGCUGAAUGGGGUUUUCACCAAUGUCAUCAAACUCGUUGUUGGCAGGCCACGGCCAGACUUCUUCUACCGCUGUUUCCCAGACGGUCAGAUGAACCUGGAGCUGCGAUGCAGUGGUGACCCAGAUGUCAUCAUGGAAGGCAGAAAGAGCUUUCCCAGCGGGCAUUCUUCCUUCGCCUUCGCAGGUUUGGGCUUCACGGCGCUGUACAUCGCAGGAAAGCUGCGCUGCUUCACUGCAGCAGGCCAAGGCAGAGCGUGGCGGCUGUGUGCCUUCCUCACCCCUUUACUCGUUGCGGCUGUGAUCGCCCUCUCCAGAACCUGCGACUACAAACACCACUGGCAAGAUGUGCUGGUGGGAUCUCUGCUGGGUCUCGCCUUUGCCUGGCUGUGCUACAGGCAGCACUACCCUCCACUUCAGGACCCAGACUGCCACAGACCUCUGCAUCACAGACAGACUGUUCCCGCCGCACAGGAGCGCAAGCUGGCCAACUCCACCUACAUCCUGCCCAUGUAGAAAAGCCGUAACUGCGUUUUGCUCUUUACUGGUGUCAUUUAAACAGAGUUGCACAGUAAUCCGUGUAAUACUGGUUUUCACGUCUUUAGGGCUGGGCAGCAUAUCGAUAUUUAUGUUCAUCAUCAGUCAUUGUAUUCUUGGGAUUUUCUUUUUGUAGGGUGACACAUGAUGCACAGUUUGUUUUCUGGACUGAAAUUAUAUUAAUUACCAAGUCAAAUUUCUCCUGGAACACUUGAGAGCUACACAAGCACAUCGACAGGUGCGUUCCUGGUCCUGUCGUUACCCAGCAAACAUGGCCGAAACCCCGACAUCAUGACCUUAAGAUAACUCUUACCAUUAUCCCCUCCCUGUCCAUGAUGUCAGUACCAUCGACUCAGGAAAGCUCUUUUCACAUGCAGGUGAUUAGCUCGGUAGGAUAAGCGGAGGAAAAGAAAGAGGUUGUAGGAUUGAGUCACACUUGAAGUGAGAUGGGGUUUUUUUUGUUGUGUUUGUUUUCUUUUUAUUCUUCAUAUUAAGACCCUUUUUUGUUUUAUUCCCAUCAAUAAAGUGAUGAUAGAUGAUUUUUGAACACAAGCUUUCUCUUACUAGAAAACAUUAAUGACAUUUAGGUGACGUCGGAUAAACUUGCAUAUUUUUACAACCAUGACUAGACAUCGUGAAAAGACCCCCCUGCUCACGGUUAUUCAGUGUCGAAAUGUUUGCUGGGUACAUGCAGGACGUCUGCUUAUCAUGAAUCUGUUCUUCACGUGGCCCAGCUCUGCACACUCUGCGUAUUGUGCCUAUAGAUCACGUACAUUACUCACAGCAGCUGAGCAGGUUAAGUACACAACCACUGCACUAAUAGUCCACCGCUCACCAGUCUCCGGCUCAGCUGCUGUGAAACAGUUUCUCAUUUGAGAGUCACUUUGUGAUUGUUUUGUAAGCUUUCAGCUUUUUAAAGAAGCGGGGCUGAAGUUUAAAGGGAAGCUAACAGCACUCUGAGGUGUUUCGGUCUUUGUGUGGUUUUUUUGGAGCUGGAUGGGGCCCGAACAAACAUUGGGAGCAAACAUGAGCCGUCUGUUAGAAGUCAAAGUCCUUGACUGUUUAUCCCCCUCUGUUCUAGGGUCGAAAUAGCACAAACACGACUAGCAAAACCUCAGAGAAGCAUGUUAUGACAUGUGUCUCCUCAAAAGUCACAUGAUGGCACAGAGAGCAAGAUGCGAUGAGACGAUGCAGUAGAUGUGGACCUUUGAGCUUAGAUGCUCCUGACCACCAGGCCGUGUCUCUGUUGGCUGCUCCUGUAUGAAAGUGGUGGGUUUCUAUGAGUAAAACGUUUGUCUGUCCUGCAUCUGUCAUGAUGCCUUAUAUAGCAUAUCACAAUAUUAAUAUACUUUUGUGAUAGAACUUUUUCUCAGUAAUGAAUAUGAUAAAGACACGGGAUUGUCUUUGUUAUAGCUGCAAAUUAAGAAUGUGAAAUUCACUUCCUCCUGCCAUAAAGUGCAGCGGCGGCAGCAGUAAUGCAGCAUUACUCCAUGCCUGUCAUGAUGUUGACAGAUCCCGUGAUUAGAUCACAGCUAACAAAGAGUUAACUCGUUGACUGUCCCACCUUUUCUGUGGCGCUUGAGCAACAUUCAUUCCUACUAAAGAUGUAAAACUUAAAAAAAAAGUUAUCAAUUUAUAGGUGAAAUAUUCUUAAACUGCUGAGCACUGUUUGAACAAAAGUGCAAUUGACAGGGACUAUUUUCAGCUGCGAAUGAAUACACAUAUAACAUUCCAGUAGUUUUUGGACAACAGAGAAGCUCUGUGGAGGAAAAUAAUACUUCUUAUGAGAUUCAGUGAUCGAAGGAAAAGUAUAACAAGCCUCCAAAUGAUUCCUUUAAAUUAACUUUUAGUACAUUUUCAGUAUCACCCAAACCCACUUUUUGAAUUUAACGGCAGGUUAAUGAAAACACACAUUGGUCACUCUUAUUUUAUUUUUGUUUUAUUGGAUGCUUUAAAUCUUUCCGUCUUCCUACAGAAUAUUUUGAAUGUUUCCACUUUCGCUGAUUUUUAUGACAUGUCUAUUUAAAAAAAAAAAAACCGAGCCCUCCAUGAUGUAACAUCCUGAUGUAGCAGCGCCGCUUUACGCUUCUCACAGUUUUUCCAGUGCCUGCUUUGCUUUAAAUGAUCAUCUCAUCUGUGCUGUGACAGGGCAGCUCAUCUAAUCACGUUAUUCUAAGUUACUAUGACUGUAAAAUGAGAUAAUUGAGUCUUCUCAGGCUGACUGUAGGUGGGGUUUCUCUAACUGCUCCUCUUUAGUUUGUGUGUUCACCAGAGGUGGAGUCUGCAGAUGUUGGAUUUUGGAGACCUUUGUGAUGAGCCUAACUUUUCUGUUUUAACCUCUCCAGGCGAUGGUGCUACCCUCCCAGUGCUCCUGCUGGUCAGGUUUUUUUUUUUUUCUCCAGCAUGUGAACUUAUUGACUGUAAUCUCAGAUAUUUAAUGCUAAAGUUUGUGGUUCAGGCAUAUUUUGAGUUUUUAUUUAUUUAACAUAAUUUUUUUCCUGUUUGUGUGUGGAACCAGCUAAAGUUUUCGCAGGGUUAACGCAGCUGGAUCGCAGUGGUUACAGACCAAACUUGGUAUAAAGAAAACAGAUGAAUUUGUGCCUUUUGUUUACUACGUUAUUCUCACUUCAUGAAUGAAGUAGAUGCCGCAUGUUACGGUGUAUGCUCUCUGUCAUGCUACCUUUUUUCUGAAUCUACUUUUUUUUUGGUUUCCGGUGUAUUCACUUGUAAAGAAACUCCACAGUGUUUAAACGUGGCAUGCCGCAUUCUUUACCUCAGACAGAAACCCGUAAUUUCUUUUUAUCAGUGGGUUAAUUGUUGGUGGAGUCAAAGGUGAAGGCACGUGUGUGGAUAAUGUCAAAUUUUUACAAAUGUGGGACGAAAGGAGGAGAAAAAACUUUGUGACCUUGAAGACAAAUAUUUUAAUUUCUUUGACAGAUAUUUUGGAGUUGGUGUAUAAGUAUGUUUACUUUUGGGGAAUGCAAUAGUUUACUUGAAUUUUUCAUAUUUGUAACUUUAAAUGUGGUUAUGUUGAAAAUGGGGGAACUAACUUUGAAAGUAUAGGUCGCCCUAAAGUGAGAUUUACACAUUUUUCCUUCAGCCUGUAGUCCUGUCUGUCUUCUCUUAAAUAAAAUGGAGCUAAAUGUCGAUUAAAAAAAAUCAAAUCAGAGUUUUCAAAUGUAUUUUUGGGUGCUUUAAGCAACACAAGUGCCACAUAGUUCCAUUACAGUCCAAAGAUCGACAUUUUUACAGCUGAUUUCUCCAAAUCUGAGCGACUCAUUUCAGAAUUAUCCCUGAUGGAUACAACAAAACAGGCAAGAAGAAAAAAUCUGUAAACUAGGUUUUUUGUUUUUUUUUUCGGGGGGGAUUUUUCCCUUUAAGGUAACAAGGUUAAGUAGGCUGCUGCAUUAUCAUAAAAUCCUGCAUGUUUUACACAUAUUUUCCUCAUUGCUUCCAUCCAUUCUGUUAAUUUAUGUGACUUUCAGGACCUUCAGAGUGAUGAUGAGGGGUUAUACUAAAACUAUCCUGAUUGCUUUGUUCGUGUCAUGACUGUACAGCAUCUGCUCAUGCUCAUAUACAUGUACUGUUGUGUUGUGAUGCUUUUAAUGACUCUUUCCAUGACACUGAAUGAUCUCUUGUCCUUUGCAUAUUUUCUUUGGAGGGAGGAGUCCUGGUUUUGAGUCUGCACGUGAUGAUGGAUGAUUAAUAAAUAUGUUUAAAAUGCA